AUGUCUAGAUUCGGCGGCCUUCGACUGAGCACCACCGGCGACAAUGAAGCGACACGGCCAGCUCCUGCAGCUCAGUCAUCGAGCGGAGCAUCAUCUAAUUCGCCGUCUGCCGACGAAGAAAGGCUUCGCGAUGUGGUCGAAGACGCUUCCCGGGAGAUGUCACUGGAUUCAGACGAGCAGGACGAGGUUGGGGAAGAUGAUUCUCGGCAGAUGGCGCUGGAAUCAGAGGAGGAGGACGAUAUUCGCGAGGACGCUUCUCCGGCAGCGCCGCCGGAAUCAGAGCAACAGGAUGAGAUUGGCGAAGAUGAUUCUCGGCAGAUGUCGCUGGAGUCAGAGGAGGAGGAGGAGGAUAGCGGCGGCCAUGUGAGGAUAGGAGGCUUAAGACCAAGCACCACUGGCGAUGCUGAGGCGACGAGGCCGGCUCCGGUAGCUCAGUCGCCGAUUGUGUUGUCGUCGAAUUCGCCUUCUUCGUCUGAAGAGGACUCCCUGGACGGAGCCGAAGGGACUGUUCCAGCAGGACCGCGGGUACCAGAGCAUCAGGACGAUAUUGGCGGCCAUACGAGGAUUGGCGGCUUGAGAGCUCUCAACAUUGGCGACACCGAAGGAACGAGACUGGCUCCACCUGCUCAGUCACCAAUACUGCUGUCAUCCAAUUCGCCGUCCUCCUCUGACGUUGAAUCUACCGAUCCGGGUGGAGAAGCUUCUCGAGAAGCCGGACCUGGAUCUGAGGAUGAGCAUGAUCACGAUGGUCAUUCGAGGAACAGCGGCUUGAGACCUAGCACCACUGGCGACAUCGAAGUAACGAGACUGGCUCCACCUGCUCAGUCGCCGAUCGUGUUAUCAUCCAAUUCGCCGUCUUCGUCAGACGUGGACUCCUCCGCUCCAUCCGUAAGCGCUGGCCAACAGGAAGACGAUACUCGCGGCCAUUUGAGAGUCGGCGGCUUGAGACCAAGCAUCAGCGGCGGCACCGAAGCAGCACGGCCCGCAGCUCAUUCGACGAUCGUGUUGUCAUCCAAUUCGCCGUCUUCGUCAGACGUGGAAUCUUCCGCUGCAUCCGCCAGCGCUGUCCAAGAAUUGCCGUUCGGAAAGGAAAAUGGUGAAAACACUGGCGACGAUGCGGCUGCAGUUCUACCUCCACCAUCGUCGUCUUCUGAUGCAUCACCUGAAGGAGAAGUCAACGAUUCGACAUUCGAGCUUGUCGGCGGCGUGUACCGCGAACUCCUUGCGGGAUCAUCUAUACGGCAGACCACGAGCGAGCGGGAGGAUGAAGAGACGACUUCGAACACUGCAGUUGCAGAACAACCACCGAGCCUUGCAAGAGUGAAAGGAAAGGGCCCUGCAUUCCCAGGCCUGUCUGCUUUCGAUGGAGCGCCGCCUGCGAGUACCGACUCGGUUCCUCCUCCUCCUCCGCAGCAAUCGAUUGAUGAUGCACUCGACAAGGCCAAUCGCGCAUUGAUUGCCAGCGACGGGUCACAGAGAUUGCCAUUCGCUUUCAACACUGGUGUUCUGACUCCCAUCCCCUGGACGCCCGCCGAGCGUAAGGCUGCGGAAUAUGCAGCGAGGAAUCCAUCCCUCAGUCCAGUGUCAAAGGCACUCCUUGAUCGAACCGCUGCGGUCCAGGCUGGCAUGUUCAAAUCCGCGUUCGAUACUGGCACACGUCCCUCUGUCCUGCCUUCCGCGUCAGGCCUCGACGAGACGGGUGCUGCUGGUGAUGUCCCGACGAGUCCGGUUUCCGUUGGGGCAGUAUCAAUACCGACGAGCGGAGAUUCUACCCUUUCGCUGCCCAUGCAGGAGAACGACGAAGUGACUGUGUAUCCUCCUCGCCCGGCCCCUGUCUCUGCUCCAAUCAACAGCGGAAUUGUGUCAGCCGGUCUGUAUCCGCCGGAACCGCCAGCACAAGAAACUACUCCGCCCGUACACAAUCCCAGUUAUAUUCCUCAGCUUCCCAACUCGAUAUCAUCUGACUCUUCCUCUGAUUCGCGUGAGGCUGGAAGCGUACUUUCAAAUGCGAAUUACAACCGACGAGCACAGAGGGAUCCUGAUCAAGCGGCGGAGUCUCAGUCUGCCAGCUUACAACCAGUUUGGAGUAUCAGUGGCUCGGCCAGUGCGCCUCAUCCCGCGACUUGGCCGCAACAGAGUGAGGCUAUAUCUCCGAUGCGUACCCCGAAUACAACAGAAGGUUAUGACAGCAUGUGGGCCGCAUUGGACGCUCGAAUGGGGCCUCCUCCAACGCCCAUGCUUUCGGAGCAUGUGCUAAGGGCCAAGAAGAUUCAGCACGAGAUGGCCGCAGUUAGGAGAGCCGAACGUGACAGGAUCGAAGCUCAGAGGAAGGAAAAUUCCAUGAGAGUGGCGGCCCAUCAGAGAAUCAUAAAUGAGAAGAUCAGGAUGCAGAAUCUUGAAAGGUCACAACCACCGCAGCCAACCACUUUCAUCCCGGCUGAGAUACCGCUGAACAUACCAACUGGCCCAUUCUUCCCAUUUCCCGGUGAUCCUACUCUGAUGCCUCCGCCGCAGCCGACCACUUUGAUCUCGUCCUCGACACUGCUGACCAUACCAUCUGGUCCGCUCUUCCCCUUCAUUCCCGGCGAUCCUACUUUUCCACCUCUCCCUCCACCAUCAUACCAGGUGUACACUGCCAACACUCCGCCUCCCAUUGCACCGCCACCAGCAUCGUUUACACAGCCCAGCAGUAGCGGCAAUGCGACCACGGGCCCGAGUGCACCGCAAGCCGUUGGAGAAGGACCUACUACAAGGCGGUGGGACAUAACACCAGUCCGCACGAUGGCCCUCAACGCCAGCGCCGCAUCAAGUAGUCCGCCUGCAUUUCCCGGCGGUAGCGGUCAUUUCACAGCGGGCCCAAGUUCAUCACCUGAUCCUGGAGAAGGACCUGCGACGACGAACAAGAAGGGUAGAGGAAUUGGCCGUACGAAAGCUAGCGGAACCGAUCCAGCACAAAGUGAGCCACCUGCAUCGUCCACGCAAAUCGAACAUGAUAUUGUGAAUCGGAGGAGGGCGAAGCCAGGCAGUUUGGACAGGUGGGGAAAUCUGGUGGGCGCUCAGGUACCCCUUCAGCAAGAUUCAACGCCGCUGCCGAGUCAGCCGACCGUUCAUUUCCCGAAUUCGGGUUCCUUGCACCCAUCAGGGAGGAUUAUUCGGGCCGGCCGCCACACUUGGAGGGAAACUUCGCCUGUCCCCAAUCCUGGUCAGCCGAUGUACACCCCGCAGAGGCGGGGUCAGAGGAAGAAGCCUGAGGUCGAAGCUGCAGAGGCGGGCUCGAGUUCAGGUCAAUCGGCGGUAGCAAGUCGACUGCCUAAAGGCCAAAAGCCGCCUCGAGUAAGGGAGUCGAAGUAUUGGCACACACCGAUGAUUGUCACUGGAGCUGGAGGUGCAGCUACGGUCGUAAGCUCGACUUCAGAUGAACUGGCCUUGGCGGAUGAAGUGGCUUUGGCGAAUCUACCAACUCCAGAACCUCAAUCGCUGCCCUUUAGCCAAGCUAUUCCCGGUGUCGCGUCUCCGAGAUCUCGGCUAGCAGUCCUCGAUGGCAUCGCUGCGCAGUCGAAAGAUGCCGCCAUGCGAUUAGCAGUGUUAGCCGGACAUGAAGCUACAGAGGUGGGCUCGAGUUCCGGUCAACCGGCGCAAGCAUAUCAGACGGCGAAAGCACGUAAAUCAAUCCCUUAUAGCCAGGCUGAUCCCGGAAUAAAUUGGCAAGCGAUCUUCGAUGAUAUGGCAGCACGCGAGCGUGCUCAGGUCGAACGACUAGCAGAACUGGAAAGACACAAAGCCAUUGUUGAUCGAAUCAUGUCCGGUACGAAUGCUGUUCCCGCGUCCAGCGUGGUCUCUGCAGCUUCUGGACAAGUACAACCUUUGGCUGGACAAACGGGUCUGAGACCGGAUCAGGCGGCUUCGGGUGUGCUUGAUCGAACUCAAGACGUUCCCCAAGCUGGGUCUAAUCCUGCAUUCCAUCUAGCUACAAGUGUCGGUUUUACAUCGAACCUGGCCUCUACAACUUCUGGGCCGGUCGGAUAUUUGGCCGGACAUGCUGGCCUGGGGACAGGUCAGGCAGCUUCAGAUGGCCUUGCUGGGUCCCAAGACAUGUUGCCUCCAGUGUACAAUUUCGCGCCCAGCCUGUCCAAUGCGCGGCGACGAGAAAAAGCGCCGGCCACUGCGACCUUGAAUACAAUUAACUUGUCAGCGCCAAAUGUUCCCUCCGCGGGACCUUCAAGAUUGAGGACUGAAGUGGUCACCUCUCCACCUCAUUUGGGAUUUGUAUUGCAGCAGCCGCCGCCAUCGAGACAAUCAGGAGGAUUGGAUACAGCCUCCGUUACGACCUCGGCGGCUGCGAGCGCUGCAGUUGGGUCCUAG